CGACCUUUUACUAUCGUCAACGAUAAGUACUCAAGGAUGCUCAACUCGAUUCAAGGAUAUGUGAAAACUGUUAAGCCUUGGAAAGCGCGAGAAGGAGUGGAGAUUGUGGCCGCCGAGUUGCGUGUUGUGCUCAAAGAGAAAGUUGGUGUUGACUGUGUGUAUUAUUCAGCUUCAACGGACAUUUGGACGGCUCGGAGUAAACGCGGCUUCAUAAGUUUCACGCUGCAUUAUUUGGACGAGAAUUUCAAGAUGCAUUGCUGGAUCCUCGAGAUAAAACCGCUUCCCGGAAAGCACGACGCUUACAAAAUUGCUGAUGCGUUGCAGGAGUCGUGUGAGUUACUGGGCCUCGAUUCGAUGUCGUGUCUCGCCCAUACGCUGCAUCUCAUCGUGGGUGCUCGGAUUGUCACGAAAAAA